UUGGGAAGCCUGUGGUUAGCUUUCUCAGGCAAAAUGGCGGCCAUCAGAGCUAAGACGUGAAGAAAGAGAUAUAAGAAGACGAACCACGUUAGUAGUCAAUUAAGCAGUCAAGAUGGUGAAGGAACAGUUUAGGGAAACUGGUAUUACCAAGAAGAUAAGCCACAUAAACUUUGGCAUGUUCUCCCCUGAGCAAAUGCAACAGUACUCUCAUUUACAAUGCAUCAGUAAAAACCUCUAUAACCAGGACAACACAAGAACGCCAGUCCCCUAUGGUGUACUGGAUCCACAUAUGGGAACAUGCUCGAAGGACCGCAUGUGCGAGACCUGUGGUAAGGGACUUGCUGACUGUGUUGGGCACUAUGGAUACAUCGACCUGGAGUUGCCAGUAUUCCAUGUGGGACACUUCAGAUCCACCAUUAUCAUACUGCAGUGUGUUUGCAAGAACUGUUGCAGAGUUCUCCUUCCUCCUGCUGAAAAGAAGCAAUUUCUCGACACAUUAAAAAAACCCAACAUUAGCUCAUUAGCUAAGAAAGGCAUGAAGAAAAAGAUUGUCGAGAAGUGCAAGAAGAUUAGUCACUGCCCAUACUGCGAAGAUCUAAAUGGCUUUGUGAGGAAAGUUGGCCUGAUGAAGAUCGUACACGAGAAAUACAAAACGACCCGGAAAAUUGUUGACCCAAUCAUCUCAGAUUUCCAGAGUUCCUUUGACGUUGCCUUGGAGAAUAACAAAGAACUGUCACCAUUGUUACCAAAGGCUCAGGAAGUUCUUAAUCCUCUAAGGGUGCUGGACAUAUUCCAACAAAUCCCAGAACAGGACUACCCUCUACUCAUGUUCUCACCUGGUAUGAGUCAUCCACAUGACUUGAUAAUGCGCAGGAUUUUAGCUCCGCCUGUAUGUAUCCGGCCGUCAGUCAUCAGUGAACUGGCUAGUGGGAGUAAUGAAGAUGAUGUCACUAUGAAGCUUACUGAAAUCGUCUUUCUCAAUGACGUCAUACGGAAGCACCGAUCUGUUGGUGCCAAAGUACAGAUGAUUAUGGAAGAUUGGGAUUUUCUUCAGCUCCAGUGCGCUCUCUACAUCAACAGUGAAAUGUCAGGAAUCCCACUAAAUAUGCAGCCUAAAAAAGGCACCCGUGGCUUUGUCCAGCGUCUCAAAGGCAAACAAGGCCGUUUCCGUGGUAACCUGUCCGGAAAAAGAGUGGACUUCUCCGGACGUACAGUCAUCUCGCCAGAUCCCAAUCUCAGGAUCGACCAGGUCGCUGUUCCGAUACAUGUCGCUAAAGUCUUAACCUACCCAGAGCGGGUAACGCAAUCCAAUCUUAAGCUGAUGAAGCAGCUAGUGUUGAACGGCGCAGACCAGCAUCCGGGAGCGAACUUCAUUCAACAGCGUGAGACAAACACCAAGAGGUUUCUGAAAUACGGGAAUCGGAAGCUCAUUGCUAAACAAUUGAAGAUUGGUGAUACAGUGGAACGUCAUUUGAUUGAUGGAGACGUGGUUCUGUUCAAUCGACAGCCCUCACUCCACAAACUCAGCAUCAUGGCUCACCUGGCCACUGUCCGACCGCACCGGACAUUCCGGUUUAACGAGUGUGUGUGCACUCCUUACAAUGCCGAUUUUGAUGGCGACGAGAUGAACCUUCACUUGCCCCAGACAGAGGAAGCAAAAGCCGAGGCUUUGACACUGAUGGGGGUGAAGAAUAAUCUAGUUACGCCAAGGAAUGGUGAACCCCUGAUUGCUGCCAUACAGGACUUUAUUACAGGUGCUUAUCUACUGACGUACAAGGACGUAUUUCUUGACCGUAGUCACAUUGCUCAACUGUGCGCCUCAAUCCUCGCCGGCAAAGACACAGGCGUAGACAUAGAGCUUCCGCCUCCCGCUAUACACAAGCCAUGUCGUUUGUGGACUGGGAAGCAAGUGUUUAGUGUGCUGCUCAGACCCAAUCCCAAGGUCAAGGUCAGAAUGAACUUACGAGCCCGCGGUAAACAGUACACUUCCGGUGAAGACCUCUGCGUCAAUGACUCAUUUGUUGUGAUACACAACAGUGACCUGAUGUGUGGUGCGCUCGACAAAGCCGUGUUGGGGUCAGGGUCCAAGAACAGCGUGUUCUACGUACUGCUGCGGGACUUUGGUCAACAGGUUGCAGCAGACGCCAUGUGGAGAGUGGCUAGAAUUUGUCCCUUCUUUCUAAGUAACCGCGGUUUCUCUAUCGGUAUUGGUGACGUCACGCCCGGCCAUGGGCUCCUGCAAGCCAAGGAAGACCUUCUAUCCACCGGAUACUCCAAGUGUGAGGACUACAUUAACGAGUUCAGGGAGGGUAAACUUCAGACCCAACCGGGAUGCUCCGCGGAGGACACCUUGGAGGCGGUGAUCUUAAAGGAGCUGUCUGUCAUCAGAGACCACGCAGGCAAGGCUUGUCUACGAGAGCUGCACAAGUCCAACACUCCGCUUACCAUGGCAGUCUGUGGUUCGAAAGGCUCUUUCAUCAACAUCUCUCAGAUGAUCGCGUGUGUAGGGCAGCAGGCCAUCUCUGGCAAAAGAAUCCCAGACGGUUUUGAGGACAGAUCCCUCCCUCACUUUAAAAGGCAUUCUAAGUUACCAGCCGCUAAAGGUUUUGUAAAGAACAGCUUCUUCUCUGGCCUGACGCCAACAGAGUUUUUCUUUCACACCAUGGGCGGGCGGGAAGGGCUAGUGGACACGGCCGUGAAGACUGCGGAGACUGGGUACAUGCAAAGGCGACUAGUCAAGUCCCUCGAGGAUCUUUCCACCCAGUAUGACAUCACUGUCCGCACCUCCACCGGCGAUAUUGUACAAUUUCGGUACGGUGGAGAUGGCCUGGACCCGACUGAUAUGGAAGGCAAGGACAAACCGCUGGACUUUUCACGUGUCUUCAGCCACAUUCAGUGUAACCAUGUAAUGAGGGAAGAGAGACCGCUGACUUCUUCUCGGGCUCGUGAGAUUGCCAAAGGCAUCAUUGAAAGCUCGGAGUUCGAGAUGUGUAGCAAAGAUUUCAAGACUGAAACCAGUGACUUUGUUGAAAAUUUAGCAAAGAAAAUAGAGAAGAUACACGCGCAGUACGGGGUCGUGCCACAUAGGAGAGGCAAAGCUACACAUCCCGCAGUUGUUGACUAUGUGAACCGCUGCACCGAGACUCAGUUGAAGCUGUUCCUUUCCAUGUGCCGGGAAAAGUACCUGAGGGCCCGUAUGGAGCCGGGCUCUGCCGUGGGCGCUAUUUGUGCCCAGAGCAUAGGGGAACCCGGUACUCAGAUGACUCUCAAGACUUUUCACUUCGCGGGCGUCGCCUCUAUGAACAUCACCCUUGGAGUCCCACGGAUCAAGGAGAUCAUCAACGCGUCGCGCAAGAUCAGCACGCCUAUAAUAUCAGCCCAGCUACAGGACGACCGCGACCAGGAGCUCGCGAGAGCUGUCAAGGGUCGCAUAGAACGCACGCUUUUAGGGGAGGUGACGGAGUGCAUCGAGGAAGUGUUUCUACCUGAUAAUUGUUACCUGUUGAUUAAGCUAGACACGGAGAGAAUCCGCCUGCUUAAGCUUGAAGUAGAUGCCGAUACGAUUCAAGCAGCCAUCUGCUCCUCACGCAAGCUAAGGCUGAACCAGUCGCAAGUGCGGGUACACAGUAGUGCAGUCAUUUGUGUCUACCCGACCGAGAGCGCCAAGAGCUCACUACAUUAUGUCAUGCAGCAGCUCAGAUCCGAUCUCCCGGGUGUAUUAAUCAAGGGCUAUAAGAAUGUCACUCGUGCUAUAAUUCACAUCGAUGAAGAGCAGAGCCGAGGAGGGGAGGAACACUACAAACUACUGGUGGAAGGGGACGACCUUCAAGCUGUCAUCUCUACUAUGGGCGUCAAGGGAAAUGGAACCACGUCAAAUAACACCAUAGAAGUUGAGAGAGUGUUGGGAAUAGAAGCUGCAAGGCAAACCAUUAUGAAUGAGAUCAUCUACACCAUGAAAAACCACGGCAUGAGUAUUGAUGUGCGUCACGUGAUGCUGCUGGCAGAACUCAUGGCCUUCAAGGGUGAGAUUCUCGGUAUAACAAGGCAUGGCUUGGCCAAGAUGAAAGAGAGUGUACUUAUGUUGGCAUCAUUUGAGAGAACCGCUGACCACUUGUUUGAAGCCGCGCUUCACGGACGUAAAGAUCCCAUUGACGGUGUGAGUGAGUGCAUCAUUAUGGGAAUGCCGAUGAAUAUAGGGACAGGAAUGUUCAAACUGCUUCAUAAGCCCACUAGAUCCGGUGAUCCAUCGAGACGUCCCCUAAUAUUUGACAACAACAACUUCCAUCUUCCGGUCGUCCCGGCAACAAGCUCGACAUGACAGGUUUCCAUGGUUACGGUACUAUAUCAGACAAUUUAAUACUGGUUUCUAUGGCGAUCCGUUACCAAGACAGUAGGCUCAUCGUGGCCUGUUUCCACUGUCGAUAACGAUGGUCUCAAGUGACCGUUUUUGCACGAAUUCUUUCCAUUUUGCCAUGAAGACAAUGGGCCAAAAUGUUCGGUCUCUAUUUUUGCGUGAAUGUAUCUAAACAGCAGUUUUAUGACCAUCCAACAUGUAGCCUGACAUGUACAAAUGAAGGUCGAUGUGCUGCUAGGUAUCCUAUCCACGUCUUCGUAGGUCCAUGGCCCAUUAGAGACAAGUGUGAAUGAGACUUAAACACCAAGGCUACUUCUUCAGGGGCCCUUGGGCCAUUAUAAACAAGUGUGAAUGAGACUUAAAUACAAAGGUUACGUCUUCAUGGAUCAUUAGGCCAUGAGAGAGACAUGUAUGAAUGAGACAACAUCAAGGUUACGCCUUCAUGGGUCAUUGGGCCAUUAGAGACAAGUGUGAAUGAGACUUAAACAAACACAAAGGUUACGUCUUCAUGGUUCAUUGGGCCAUUACAGAGAUAAGUGUGGAUGAGACUUAAACACCAAGGCUACGUCUUCAUGGGUCAUCGGGCCAUUACAGAGACAAGUAUGAAUGAGACUCAAACAUCAAGGUUACGUCUUCAUUGGUCAUUAGAGACAAGUGUGAGUGAGACUUAAACAUCAAGGUUACGUCUUUAUGGGUCAUUGGGCCAUUAGAGAGACAAGUGUGGAUAAGACUUAAACACCAAGGCUACAUCUUCAUGGGUACAUGGGCUAUUAGAGAGACAAGUGUGAGUGAGACUUAAACACUUAGGUUACGUCUUUAUGGGUCCAUGGGCUAUUAGAAAUACAAGUGUGGAUGAGACUUAAUAUAAAUGAUACGUCUUCAUGGGCCCUUGAAUUAUUAGACGAGACACGGUUACGAGUUUAUGGGCUUUUGAGCCAUAAGACGAAAGGACGUAAAUGAGACUUCACAUCAUCAAGCAACGCCUUAAUGGCUCUUUAAGUUAUGAGACGAGAGAAGUGUGGAUGCGACCUGAACAUCAAACUUCUUCAUGGAUCCUUGAGAGUGAAUGAGACAUCUUUUCCACUGUGACAUUGACCGAGUCAUGUCAGCAAAUGCUUUCAAUACAUUUUGUACCUAGUUAGCUACAGUGUAACAGUACAUCAAAGAUAAACAAUUUCCCGACAUGGUUUGAUAUAAACUCAAUGUGACCCGAUCAAAUGGACCUUUUUAUGUAAAACCUACCCGAUGAUAUGUGGAAUAUCAUACAAAUAUCGAAAAGAAAA